AUGAAAGCCAUUCUGAUAGUUUCUGUGUUCAUUAUAAUAUGCAAUGUAUCAGCCCUAGAUGCUUGCCCUAAAUGUGGGAAAACUCUAGUUCCAUACCCACUGAGCACAGAUGAAAACUGUGGAAACCCUAGUUACAAAGUUUAUUGCAACAACAACAUUCUUCAGUUCUUGUCUGCUGAUGGAUUUUUCUAUGACAUCCUCACCAUUGACCCUGAUGCUUUUUCUCUUGUCAUAAGUCCACCUCUUUUGCAGAAAAACUCUUGCUACUCUGCUGAUCUCUCUUCAGGAGGGUUUAAGCUUGAUGAAAACUUACCCUUCAACAUAUCUUCUCGUAACACUGUCAUGUUGUUUAACUGCUCUACUAGCAUCCUCUUGUCGCCACUGAAUUGUUCCACAAACAGCAUUUGCAGAGACUUCGAGAGAUCGGAGAUGGGAAGUGGAUGCACAGACACCCUUUGCUGUCAUUACAAGAAAGAUGCAUCCAUGACGGCUCAUAGAAUCAGAAUCAGGCUUGGAGGUUGCACCUCCUAUACUUGCAUCGUAGAUGCAAAGCCCGGCGAUCCUAUUGAGUCAUGGAACUAUGGCAUUGAAUUGCAGUGGUCGCCUCCCUUUUCUUCUCGGAGGCAAUGA